AUGUGGUGUAUUACAAUAUUUUUCAUAGUUUUGUGUCUAGGAAGUACUCUACCUCAGGAUCAGCAAAUAGUUUCCGAAUCAGACGCAGUUACGAAGUUCGAAUCCGUGACGGAAUCGUUGUCAGUUUCGGACGAAGCAUAUGUAAACGCGCGGGCCCGGCCGGAACUGCGAUACCUGCCUUCAUGCAGUCAAUGCAGUUGCGGCGAACGUAAUGAAGAGCCUCGCAUCGUGGGCGGGUCCGCGGCCAGCAUGAACGCCUUCCCGUGGCUGGCGCGGCUCAUCUACCACAACGCUUUCGGCUGCGGGGCUUCCCUUAUCAAUGAUAAAUACGUCGUGUCCGCUGCGCAUUGUUUGAAGGGUUUCAUGUGGUUCAUGUUCCGAGUGACUUUCGGCGAGCACGACCGCUGCGACAAGAACACGAGACCUAUCACCCGUUACGUCACAAAAGUUAUAGCCCACAACUUUUCUCUCUCCGACCUGAGCAAUGAUAUCGCCCUGCUGAAGAUCAGUUCACCGGUUACGUACUCUCACGCUGUUCGGCCAGUGUGCUUGCCGAAGUAUCAAGGAAGAUCCUACGAGAAUUCAAUCGCAACAGUAUCUGGCUGGGGCGCAACCGGGGAGACUAAGAACUGGUCAUGCACACUCCUAGAGGCCGAGUUACCUGUUCUUAGUAACCAGGAGUGCAGGCACACUAAGUACAACGCUUCCAGGAUCCAGGAGGCGAUGCUCUGCGCCGGGUUCCCGAAGACGGCACAUAAAGAUGCUUGUACUGGUGACAGCGGUGGGCCUCUUAUCACCGAAAAUGCAGAUCACGUUUAUGAACUUAUAGGUAUCGUCUCCUGGGGCUACGGCUGUGCGAGGCUUGGAUAUCCAGGCGUCUACACGCGGGUCACGAAAUAUUUGGACUGGAUCAGAGACAACACCGACGACGCCUGUUACUGUAGGGACCAGUAGAGUCUCCCUUUGGGAAGUCACAUCAAACCUCAGUCACCAAUUAUAGUGUUCCUUUGGAACACCAGCCGGCCUCGCCAAGGUGACAAUCGCUAUCGCUACGACAACGAAACACUUUGUGUCUUUCUAUCACUCUUCCAUAUU